AAUGCCGUCUUCAAUCGAAAUUAAUCUCGUUCAAUCUACGCCAGUGGACGGAUGAGUGAGUAACGAUGCUGCUCCAUCGUGCAGGUAUCGGCGUACUGUUGCUGGUCUGGCAGCUGAAUUCAAGCAAAGCCUUGGGACCGGUUGCUGCGCUCAUAUUGGCCCGUGGCGGUUCAAAAGGCAUUCCGCUCAAGAACAUCGUCGAACUGCAGCCGAACGUUACGCUGCUAGGUCGCGCGCUGCAUACGAUCCAACGUUCGGCCCUGUUCGACAGUAUCUGGGUAUCCACGGAUCAUGAGCGUAUUGCACUGGAAGCGGUCUCACAUGGUGCUAGCGUAUUUGCGCGAUCAGCUACACACGCGCAAGAUCACUCGAGUUCUCUCGAUGCAACGGCCGAGUUUCUCGAGGCGCAUCCCGAGAUCGAUCGAUUGGCGCUUAUCCAGUGCACCUCACCCUUUCUGCGUGUCCACUAUCUAGAGGAAGCGAUUGUGCAGCACUCGUCGAUGGCAUCUCCUUGUGUUUUUAGCGUUGUGCGUAGCUAUCGACUCCGUUGGCGAAAUCAAGAACCGGGCGGACGGCUGGAAGCGCUUAACUUUGAUCCUCGCCGAAGACCACGACGUCAGGAUUGGUCCGGUGAGCUAGUCGAAGCGGGCAUGUUCUACUUCACUGAUCGUCGGCUUGUGAUGGAAGAGCGAACGUUUCAGAGUGACCGGUGCGGUGUCGUCGAGGUGGAUGAGCUGGACGCACUGGAGAUCGACGAUGUAAAGCAUCUUGAGCUUGCGCGGCUGUUGAUUGGGCUGCAUUAG